AUUAUUUAGCUCUAGAAUCAUCAUUCCGUUUCUCACUCUCUUUCAGACACAGAAAUACUCAAUCAGCAUCAUCAUUAAAUGAUAGAAAAAGCUGAGCAGUGAGUAAGUGAUAGUGAGAGAGUAAUGGAAACCCUAGCGAGAUCGUCUUGGAAGGCGAUUUUCGUCAAGUACACAGACACAUGUUUUUCGUCUUCCAGAGAUAUUGUUCUUAGCAGACCUCCAAUUUGUUCCGUACGAUUCCCGGAACUUGUUCAAAUCGGUUUAUCCCAUUCAAUUUCUCUGCAACACAAGAGGAUUUACUCUAUUUCUGCAUCGUCUGUCUCAUCAUCGGAGCCUCAGGUCUCUCUCCCUCAGACACACUUGCAGAAUGAAGAAACUCAAAAUGAAGAAACUCAAAUACAGGAUCAAUCAAAAACUGUUCCUGUCAAAUUCCAAUUACAGAAAGAGUGCUCGUUCGGGGAGCAAUUUUACAUAAUAGGUGAUGAUCCUGUCUUCGGCUCGUGGGAUCCUGCACGUGCAGUACCAUUGGAGUGGUCCGAUGGACAUGUAUGGACUGUUGAACUGGACAUACCCAUUGGAAAAUCAAUCCACUACAAGUUCAUACUAAAAGGAAUAUCUGGAAGCAUCUCAUGGCAGCCAGACCCCAAUAGAAUCCUUCAAACAUGGGAAUCGGAAAACAAAAUCGCUGUUUCUGAAGAUUGGGAUGACGCUGAACUGCAGAAAAUUGUAGAGGAAGGGCUGACAUCAAUUCAAAAUGAGGAAUCUACAAUUAAUUCAGAAAAGCUGAACAAGGAAUCAACCACUUCUGGCAUUACAAAUCCAAUGGGAAAUACAUUAGCAGAGAAACCUAUGGCUAUUGUAGCAGAAAAUAUUACUGAGCCGAAAGAAAACCACCAGGUGAAUAUAGAAAAGCUGAACAAGGAAUCAACCACUUCUGGCAUUACAAAUCCAAUGGGAAAUACAUUGGCAGAGAAACCUAUGGCUGUUGUAGCAGAAAAUAUUACUGAGCCGAAAAAAAACCACCAGGUGAAUAUAGAAAAGCUGAACAAGGAAUCAACCACUUCUGGCAUUACAAAUCCAAUGGGAAAUACAUUGGCAGAGAAACCUAUGGCCAUUGUAGCAGAAAAUAUUACUGAGCCGAAAGAAAACCACCAGGUGAAUAUAGAAAAGCUGAACAAGGAAUCAACCACUUCUGGCAUUAAAAAUCCAAUGGGAAAUACAUUGGCAGAGAAACCGAUGGCUAUUGUAGCAGAAAAUAUUACUGAGCCGAAAGAAGACCACCAGGUGAAUAUAGAAAAUAUUCUUGGAAAUAAUGGCCGAGCUGUGACUGUUGAGGAUAUUGGGAGCAUAAAAGACGAAGGAAAUUUGGUGUCCUUUGAUGGAAGUCCUGUUCUGGUACCGGGCUUGACUACAUUGCCAACAGGUGAUAUUGAAGAAGCGAUGCCAACUGAAGCGGAGAAGAACAUCGCCUCUGAUUCCUCAUUUAGAUCUGACAAAGCUGAGGAGCACAAUGUGCCAAAGUUAGAUUUGAAGGAGGAAUUUGACAAAGACUCAUCACGUCUGCAAGAAACCACUGAGAUGAUGCAUGGUGAUCAUGAAGAACUUAAUGUCAAUGAACAAGGGAAGCCACGAUUAGCCAAAGAACACGACCAGCCCAACUCCAAGCAAGUUGUAAAUGACGUUAUGGAGAAUGACAUUCAAUGGGGUCGUAGAACUUUGCAGAAAUUUCUUUCCAAUUUGGGCCUCCUUUAGCAUCAAUCUAACAGCACUGCAUCUGAGAAAAUCUCUUUUCAAGUUCAAACCUAAGAGCUUGCUGCUUCAUUGGCCAAAUUUUUACGUACCCUGUGAUCAGGAAAGGAGAGGCUAUCUUGGUGAGAGCAUUGUGAAUCCAUAAUCUUCAUCGUUGGUCUUAGUUUUGUACCAUGAUAUGGCAGAUAUUGCCUAGCUUUGUUAUACUUUCAGAUUACGAAGUCUGCGGUAGUGUUUAUGAUAUUUCUUGUUUUGUGGUGAUUUUCUUUUC